AUGUACUCUCUCUCUCCUCCUUGUUAUUCUCUCUCCUCCUUCAAAGCAGUCGAGGUUCCAUUUGUGCUCCUCCUUCUAUCCAAUUUCGCGGCGAAAGUGAAAAUGGGUAAACGUAAUGCUCCACUUCCAAAGGAGAAAAAAACAGAGGAAGACGUUGUUAAGGGAAAUGGCGUGUCUACAAGGGCAGGAGCACGAACGAGAACAACUGCAUGUGGACUAAAGGCAGUGGAAGGUUCUUCCAGUGGAAAGAAGAGAAAAUUCUAUGAUGCGGAGACUAGUGGAGAGGAGGAGCCACGUACAGAGAGCAACGAUGACGAGGACGUCGUUAGUAUUCAUAACUUAACCACUACUAUUAGACCGAAGUUGAGUGUAGGUGCUCAGGUGAAGAAAUCGGAGACUGUUGUGUCCACCAGGCUGAGGAAAGGCAUGCAUGAGAAUGAUAGGAUUGAGGUGUUUUCAAAGUUGGUGUCACUGUUGGAUGACAGUCGAAGGGAUUUAGUUAGAAAAAUGGGGUUUGGAGCCCUCCUCACCGUGAAACUGCGCAACCUGUCCCCGGAAUUUGCCUACUGGUUAGUGACCAGGGUAGAUGGUGCUAAUGGGGUGUUUUAUGGUGGGGGCGAUAUGGAAUUCAACCUGGAUCCCAUCCAAUUUAACUGUGUUUUGGGGCUGCCUAUGGGUACUCAGCCUGUACCAUCUCUUAAUGGAAACCUAGACACACGCCAUAGGAAUAUAGCAGACCAUAUUGUUCAGAUGUAUGGGGAUAGUGGUGGGGUUUCUGUUCAGAAAGCUUGGGAAUUUGCAGUUGGGAUGAGGGAUGGACAGGGUAAGGCGGUGGCUACUAUUGUCCCAAUUGUAACAAGAGAGGAGGAAUUUGAAUUUAGAAUAGCCUUUAUGAUUGUUAUACUGGAGCUGGUGUUGUGCCCAAGCACAGACGGGUUUACCUUGGCGGGAAGGUUGUUACCUGCCGCAUCGGUAGCACCGGAGUCAAAUUCAUAUGAUUGGUGCACGUUCUGUUUAGAGUGGCUAAAGAUAUGGUGCAAAAUGUUUGCACAUCAGUUUGAUCAGCAUGGAGUUGUUUCUGGAUUGGGGGGCUGCAGCCUAUUUUUGACGGUGUUCUACCUGGACCACCUGAAUGUUGUUCCUAGGCAAUGGUAUGUUAUGCCGAGGGUGGCUGUGUGGUCCCAAUCUGAUGUGGAUGCCCUGAUAGAGGCAGACAAGAAAGCUGGAGGUGACUAUGGAAGAACUCAGGUGAGAUGGAAUACCAAAAAUUUCUGUUGUGUUAGUAGUGAUUCAGCAGUAUAAUGAUUCAUUCAUAUAUGGACUGAUGUU